AUCAUCUUUGAUACUGCCACAGCCUCUGAGAAUGCAUUAUACCGUAGGACAUAUAAUUGGAGAUGGAAACUUUGCUGUUGUUAGGCAUUGCACCCACAAAUCUAGCGGUGUUGAAUAUGCUAUGAAAAUUGUGGACAAGUACAAGUGUCAAGGGAAAGUGUUAGCAAGUGAGGUAGCGAUACUGAAGCAGGUUUGUCAUCCCAACAUAAUCAGCUUGAUUGCGGAACAAGAUACUGUCGAUCAGCUAUUUUUAGUCAUGGAACUCGUUAAGGGUGGAGAUUUAUUCGAUGCAAUCGCAGUGGCGACGAAAUUUUCCGAAGCAGAGGCAAGUGUGAUGAUCAGUCACUUGACUUCCGCCUUGGCUUACUUACAUUCGCAUCAUAUUGUACAUCGCGACAUAAAGCCGGAAAAUCUUUUGGUUGAGAUGGAUGGCAGUCAUGUUAGAUGCUUGAAAUUGGGUGACUUUGGACUUGCGCAAGUAGUGCGAGAACCUUUAUACACAGUCUGUGGUACACCUACUUAUGUGGCACCGGAAAUCCUCGCCGAAACCGGAUAUGGUUUAAAGAUUGAUGUAUGGGCGGCCGGAGUAAUCCUAUAUAUUCUCCUGUGCGGUUUUCCGCCAUUCGUGUCGAUAGAUAACGAACAGGAGGAAUUGUUUGAGCGUAUCUUGAGCGGUCAAUACGAAUUCACAUCGCCAUAUUGGGAUACGAUAUCAGAUUCUGCGAAGCAGCUCAUCUCGAAUAUGCUGCAGGCACAACCAGAACUUCGUUUUAGCGCAGAGGACGUACUAGAUCAUCCAUGGCUCGCGCAGAGCUUUCUAGGAGGCGAGCAGACCGCAACAACAGCACCCGACGCACCGGCGGAGCAAUACUGGAAUCAGCAGUGUAAGCCGAUAAGAAUGGCCACCUUCGAGUUCGAUUUCAAGAAGCAGCGCAGUCAACGACAGAAUGACGAUACCAAGACAAGAGUCGAGUGGAAAAAUAAUAUUGAUUAUUGCAACGUACCGCAGUUUAUCGACGCAGAGAGAAAAUUGGAUGAGCGAAAUCACGAUGAAAUCGAUUUUGCCAACGGCAAUAGCAACGAAAAUGAUUUAGUAAUUCUUAGUUCCGACUAUCUGAAAGAUAUCAAUAGUUUGAGCCGAUCAAUGCAUGAUUUAAUAGACAAUUUGAAUGAUAGUAAAAUGUCACGACGCCGUCUCAAAUCGCAAAGUGCUACUUCGUCGAUCAAUAGCAUUCCAGAGAAUUUGAACAUAUGCAAUUAUCGCAGCAAUUCACCGAUUCCUUGCAAUGAAAUCGCCGAGAAAACAGUCGCAAUUUCUACGAAUCAUCGAGGCGAUCGGAAAAACGGAAAUUCGAUGAAAGAACCAGGAUAUCUCCACUCGAAUUGUGAAACGCUGAAAUCGACGAAUAAAUCUAGCGUUAUGAAUCGGCAAAGUAAAUUCAACCAAAAGAACUUGUAUGAGGUGAAUCGCGAAAACAGAUUCGACAGCGAUGAUUUUCGCAACAGCAACGCGACUGCGUCGACAUCAAGUGAUAGCCUGACUGGCAACAGUUCCACUGGUAAUGACAUUGAGACUUCUGAUAGUUUUGUAAACAUUCAAUUCGCACGAUUGGCACGUGGGCAAAGAUCGAGCUCGACGCAAAGCAUGGAGUCGACUGAUAGCUUUGAGAAUGUGAGUUUCCGGUAUACAAAUCGAAACAAUUGUCUUAAGGAUCAUUCCUCACAGAUUUCUUCGAAGUUAGAGAAUAAUCAGGAUCAGAAUACGUCUCCUGUAAGGAUAGUGAAGACCGGUAGAAUAGCUGUUUGGAACGCAUUGAGAUUACCUAAAUUGGAUAAUGAGAUUGAUAAAAAGAAUUGCAAUAGUCCGUUCCGUAGAGUUGAAGAAAUAGGUAAAUGCGCAAAGAACGAGCCAGUAAAGUUGCGGCAUGAAAGAUAUAAUACUAGGAAGAGUCAGAUAGAUUCGAGAAAUGUCAAGAGCAAAAGAUACAGCUGCUUUUCUCCGUGCACAACGAAGAGAUCGUCCGAAGAAGUCGGCAACAGUGGCGGCGGCGAUAAAGUCACGACGCGGAAGUUCAGCUCAACGGAUGAAUUACGCGACGAAGUGAGACAGAAAUCACUACCACGGACAAAGCGAUUCAGUCUGUAUUAUACGCCGCAGCCGUUGAGGAAGACAUACGAGAACGAACCAAAGAUCGGAAAAUCUGAGAUGAGCAAGGGAAGGAACGAAGAAGAGAUGGAAAGAGUAGAGAAAGUGGAGAGAAUAGAUAGGAGCCGAAGAUCAGUGAUCGAUGCCUCAACGAUCGCUAGCAGGAGUAAAUCCAACAGGCAAAAUGUUCACGUAAGAUCAAGUGGCGUAUUAAACACAACCAGGACGAAGUGAUAAUAAGUAGCGAAAAGUCAAAGUGAUUUGAGGAUGUGUGGAUGAUGCACGACUAAUUCACGCAUCAGAAUGACUAAAUCCAAAGUCUAAGCGCUUUGAAAAUGAAGCAAUUGCGGUUUUUAUUAACAUUGAUUAAAAUCUAUUAAGUUGGUUGACAAUUUUUUUGGUGUGUAGCGAUCAAAAAGACGAGCCUCAUUAAAACUGAAAACUAUUUUCUUAAUAACCGUGUGUACAUACGUGAAGAAAAGUUUCACUUUAAAUUAAAUUAAAUUAAAAUUACUAGACAGAAUGACAUUAAACAUUUUGCGAAGGAAGAAAAACGAUCUCAUAAUUCUCUUAGA